GGGAGUCAUACUGAUAAUCUCUCUUAUGAAUGCCCGUCUGGCCACUGGCUUAAAGGACGGCCUCUCGCAUUCCCCUCCUCCCAAUUCCACACGCUCCCACGUCCUGAGAUGGACUCCUCCAAACUGCGCCGCCAUGCGCACAUCCAGGACUUUUCCGCCAAUUCCACCUACGAGAGCCACUGGGGCUAUUCGUCGCGUCAGGUUCCGUGCGUGCAGGAUGAGGGGACCUGUGCGUAUCUCGACUCGCUUCAUCUUGUGGGCGGUCAUCGUGGGCAUUCUCUUUCUCUGGGCUUUAGCACGGCGGUUGUUUCCUCUGUCUCGGACAACAUACACAAAGCUGGCAGAGAGUGAAGAACCCCAAGCACCCCAGAAUCCUGUAUAUCGCCUCAAUCGGUCCAUUCGAUCGAUAUCCCGACGAUAUCUUCUUCCAGAGAGUUUCACCUCUCUGUUCGGACACACGACACGACUCCACCUUCUAGUCUUUGCCAUUAUUUCUGUCUACCUCACCAUCUUUACCUUUGUCGGUCUGGUCUACAAAACAUGGGUCACUCCUGUCAAAGGCUCGCCAGGUGUAUAUAGCACCCGGUCCAGUCUCGGAGCAUGGUCAGAUCGAAUUGGAGUCAUGGCAUUUGCUCUCACCCCGUUGUCCGUCUUCUUGUCCAGUCGGGAAUCCCUCCUCUCGUUGAUCACGGGAAUACCGUAUCACCACUUCAUGUUCAUGCAUCGAUGGCUGGGAUACAUCAUCUACGUGCAGUCUGCCCUGCACACCAUCAUGUGGACCGUCAUCGAAGGCAAACUCUACCAACCACAGCCAACCCAGUGGAAUUCCUUCAUCAAUCAGGAAUACCUCAUCUGGGGAAUCGUCGCCAUGAUUCUGCUCACUUUCCUCGUCGUCUUCAGCACCCAAUGGGGCAUCAGACUGACUGGAUAUGAAUUCUUCCGCAAGGCCCACUAUGUCGUCGCGAUGGUGUACAUUGGUGCUUGCUGGGGUCACUGGGAACAGCUCUCCUGCUGGAUGAUUGCAUCGCUGGCUGUGUGGCUGAUUGAUCGUACAAUCCGGCUGGGUCGUACGUUUGCAAUCCACCAUUUCAACACCCCCGGCACCAACAUGGCGUGUGGUUUCCAUGUUCCCAGAGCCAAACUGUCUCUCUUUUCGAAUGACGCCGAUGGCGACGUUGUUCGUCUAGACUUUGAGCAUAACCAUGACGAAUGGGAAGUCGGGCAGCAUUUCUUCCUCUGCUUUCCCGAGUUGAGCGUGUGGCAGGCCCAUCCGCUUACCCCGUGCAGUGUCCCUGGGCAGAGUCCGACUGGCCAGCAACACAGCUACAUCAUUCGCAGUCGAAAUGGUAUGACGAAGAAGUUGGCGGAAUUGACUGUGCAGAGUGACACUCCGUCUACAUCUGUCGUGCUAUCCGGACCAUACGGACAGUCGAUCAUGUGCAGCAACACGGAGGGAAAUGAGAGCAACGUACUCUGCAUCGCGGGUGGUACGGGAGUGUCAUUUGUUCUACCAGCACUCAUGCAAACAAUUUCAGAAGUGGGAGAGCAUCAGCUUGUGGAAUUCGUUUGGGUCGUUCGACGAGAGAACGACACGCGAUGGAUUGAGAACGAGCUGAGGCAGUUGGAAAAGACAGCGUCCUCCAUGUCGAAUUUCAACAUUCGCAUCUUCGUCACCCGCGAAGGAGAAGCAACCUCGGAGUCUUCGUCCGCAGAUGGAUCUUUAGAUGAGACAGAGAAACCAGCUGGAAUCUCGUCUGUCUCAACAGAUAAACGCCAAUCUCUACGGAUCCAGCACAUGCCGUCUUCCACAAACAGUGCAUCGCGACAUCCUGAUAUCGGGGCAUAUUUGAAAGACUUUGUCGCCCGCACAGCUCACGGACCGACCUGUGUACUCGCCAGUGGCCCGUUGGGUAUGAUCACCGAUCUGCGGACGGCGGUUGCAGACUGCAAUGACCCAGCCAAGGUGUGGAGAGGCGACGAGCGGUUUGACGUCGAGUUGGUUCAUGAUGAUCGACUAGAGUGGUGAUUAUUCUUUGUAUAUAUUAUUCGAGUACAUAUCAAUACCCAAAAUGAUUUUUGACGAUAGUU